AUGGAAGCGAUCAAGAGCUGUUUCAGAGACAAGGAUGCAAAGGUGGAGGAGAUGAAGCAGCGAGUUGGAGCUCUGGAGAACUCUGUUGCAGAAGCAGAGAAGAAGAAGAGCUUCUGGGCUAUGGUUUCAUCUGUGACUACAGUGGUGGCUGCGGCUUCACUUGCCUUUGCUGUUAAAGGCGAAAAGAAUGAAGAAGGAGAAGACCCGUCCCGAUUAAUUUCUAGUUUCUACGGGUCUGUUUUCCGGGUCACAGGGUCAGGGAUAUCUCACAUGGAGAUGGAGGGAAGCAGCAGGCGCAGUAGCUACCUUGUUUGGGAGGAUGUUACAGUUACAGUCACCAAUGGCGCCGACACAGGGAAGAAGCAGAAGCAGAAGAAGUGGUUGGUGAAUGGGCUUAGUGGGUUUGCAGAGUCUGGGCGGAUCAUGGCCGUUAUGGGCCCGUCUGGCUCUGGCAAAUCCACCUUCCUCGACGCUUUGGCUGGAAGACUGUCACCGGAAGCUUCCAUGGCGGGGAAGAUCCUUCUCAGGGACGGCGACAAGAUGACCGGAAGAUCAAGCUCCCUCAUCAACUGCCGAGAUGUGUCUUACGUCACACAAGAUGACGUUUUCCUCGGAACCUUGACGGUGAAGGAAACGCUCCGCUUCGGCGCUCGCCUGAGGCUGCCGGAGCUGACCAACGCCGAGCUCGACGCGGUGGUCGAGGACGCGGCGGCGAAGAUGGGCCUCGAGGAGUGCGCCGACACCACGAUCGGGAACUGGCACCUGAGGGGGAUAAGCGGCGGGGAGAGGCGGCGGCUGAGCAUCGCCGUCGAGCUGCUGGCCCAGCCGCGGUUGCUCUGCCUGGACGAGGCCACGUCGGGGCUGGACAGCGCCGCCGCGUUCUUCGUCGUGGAAGCCCUCCGCAACGUCGCCCGCGACGGCGGCGACGGGAGGAUCGUGGUUUGCUCCGUCCACCAGCCCGCCGACGACGUGUUCAGGCUUUUUGACGAUCUGCUGCUCAUUUCUUCAGGGGAAGCGGUCUAUUUUGGUGAAUGUCAGGGCGCUGUCAAGUUCUUUGCAGAUUCCGGGUUCCCAUGCCCGAUUAGAAGAAACCCGCCGGACCAUUUCCUCCGGUGCAUUACCCCGGAGUUCGAUCAAGUCUUGGCCGCUCUGAAGCAGACACAGCGACUGAACGAUGCCGAGCUCUCAGCAGCAGAGGGCUUGCUGAACGGGACAACAGCAGAGACCAGGGAAACCCUAGUGAACAAGUACAGAUCGUCCACUUUCGCAGACGCUGCGACGAAAAAGAUUCAACAACUCGCAUCACCACUCACUGAAAAACAUGGUGAUGGCGACAGCCAGAGUGUCAGUGAAGUUGUACACGUAAAGAAGCAGCGCCAUCAAUGGUGGAGGCAGUUCUGCACACUAACACACCGCUCCAGUUUGCACAUGCGCAGAGACCUUGGCUACUACUGGCUUCGAAUGUUCUUCUACAUCAUGGUGGCACUCAGCACUGGAACAUUGGAGUUCGACAUUGGGACCUCGAGCGCUGCUGUCCUGGACCGGGGCAAGGUAGACGGGUUCCUCUAUGGCCUCAUGAUCUGCUUGUCCGUAGGCGGCUUACCUUUCUUCCUCGACGAGAUCAAGGCCUUCCGUGGAGAGAGGCAGGGAGGGUACUACAACGAGGCAGCUUAUGUGCUGUCCAACUUCCUCUCCUCAUUACCUUUCGCCAUAUUCAUCUCCUUCUCAUCAGGAUCCAUACUGUACAGCAUGGUGAAGUUCCACCCGGGUUUCUCGCACUUGCUCUACUUCUGCAUCAACCUCUUCUUCAGCAUCUCCGUCUCAGAAGCCUGUGUCUUUGUCACUGCUUCUCUAGCAUCCAAUCCAUUGCCCGCCAUGGGUGCUUCCAUUGGCGUCACCGUGCUCAAUCUAAUGCCAUCUAUCGUCGUUCGACCACUACCCGACCUUCCUAAGAUCAUCUGGAGGUACCCUUUGUCCUACAUCAGUUAUGCUGCCUGGGGAACACAGGGUAAUCUGAAGAAUGAUAUGAUUGGACUAGAAUUCGAUUCUGCAAUACCUGGAAGGCCAAAGAUAACUGGCGAAUUCAUCCUGGAGAACACUUACGGUGUGAACCUAGGAUACUCCAAGUGGCUCGAUGUAGCAGCUCUCUUCUGCUUGCUGCUAGGUUACAGGGUACUCCUAGUCUUUACCCUUCGCUACAAGCAGAGAAUAUCGAGGUCCAUUCCGCAGAACUUACGUGAAGAUAGGUCACAAACCCACCAAGAUUCAGCAAGAUAAACCGAAGACUCAACAUCCGAACAGAACCCCCAAAAGUGACACUGUGAUGUAGGGCAUAAUAUGCUAAGUUUUUUGAACUGAAAUUACUGCCAAAUUUGUGAACUUUACUGUGUGAUGCAAUACUUACAAGCUCUGAAAUGAAAUCCCGAAAGCGCUCCUCUUUUUUAUUGUCGAGA